GCAGCAUCCAGACCCAUCCCCGUCACACCUGUGGAUUUCACACAGGCAGGUCCACGGUCCACUCCCUACAGCCUCCUCCUCUUUCCUGCACCUCCUGUCCCUGCUGGUGACUCUCCAUCUCAGCUCUGUGGUCCUGUGACCUUCCUCCCACCACGUCUGCGGAGUGGGUGCCGGCUCCCUCCCCCAGGGGUGGGAGUGAGGAGCUGGGGGAUGCACUCGACAAACCCCUGGAAAAUGAUGCGGAGGGCGUGUGGAGCCCCGACAUCGAGCAGAGCUUUCAGGAGGCGCUGGCAAUCUACCCACCCUGUGGCCGCAGGAAAAUUAUCCUCUCUGAUGAGGGCAAGAUGUACGGACGAAAUGAGUUGAUUGCACGGUACAUCAAACUUCGCACGGGGAAGACGCGGACCAGGAAGCAGGUGUCCAGUCACAUCCAGGUUCUAGCACGACGAAAGGCCAGAGAGAUCCAGGUGAAGCUGAAGGUACGCUACGACCAGGCUGCCAAAGACAAGGCUCUGCAAAGUAUGGCCACCAUGUCCUCAGCUCAGAUCAUCUCACCCACAGCCUUCCAGAACAAGAUGGCUCUUCAGGGCCUAUCUAGGCCAGCCUACCCCACUACCGGUGGGUUUUGGCAUGGUGCACUUCCAGGACAGCCAGGAGGACAUGAAGAUAUUAAGCCCUUCUCCCAGCAGAGUUACACCAUGCAAGCAUCCGGCCCGACCCCCAUAACAGGUUAUGAAAGUACAGCAGGGCUGUCCAUGUCUCCCGGUGCCCCCCCUUGGCAGGGCAGAAGUAUUGCCAGCUCCAAGCUCCGAAUGUUGGAGUUUUCAGCUUUCCUGGAGCAACCUCAAGACCCAGAAACUUUCAACAAGCACUUGUUUGUACACAUUGGCCAGUCCAACCCCAGCUACAGCGACCCCUAUCUGGAAUCUGUGGACAUCCGACAGAUCUACGACAAGUUUCCAGAGAAGAAGGGAGGCUUGAAAGAGCUUUUUGACAAAGGGCCACACAGCGCUUUCUUUCUUGUCAAGUUUUGGGCUGACCUUAGUGUAAACCUGCAGGAUGACAGCAGCUUCUUCUAUGGUGUCUCCAGUCAGUAUGAGAGCUCUGAAAACAUGAUUAUCACCUCAUCCACCAAGGUGUGCUCCUUUGGCAAACAGGUGGUGGAAAAAGUGGAGACAGAGUAUGCACGCUUUGAGAAUGGACGCUACGUAUUUCGGAUUCACCGCUCCCCAUUAUGUGAAUACAUGAUCAAUUUCAUCCACAAGCUUAAACAUCUGCCAGAAAAGUACAUGAUGAACAGUGUACUGGAGAAUUUCACUAUUCUGCAGGUGGUGACUAACAGAGACACACUGGAGACACUGCUGUGCAUAGCCUACGUUUUUGAAGUGUCGACUAGCGAGCAUGGCGCACAACAUCACAUCUAUAGGCUUGUCAAAGACUGACUGUCACAGUUGGAACUGACCUGCUCUAGACCCACUGUAGCACCUCAGUGAGCAACAACACUAAACUACAGACUAGUUCCUCCGUAAGCUUAAAGCUGAAACUAUACAAUCCGGUCAGGAGCCCACAGAAACACAGGCUUCAACAGCGCACCUAGGAACACUACUACUACUACUACUGCUGAGGAAGAGGUGGAUUUAGGACUUGGAAACUGAAAAAGGCUUUGUGUGAAAAGUGGUAAGAAAAAAAAGAAGAGGACCAUGAUACACUGUGGUCUAUAAACCAAAGGAGCCAAAGCUAGCCAACAAGACCUGCAUGAGAAAGUUGUCAUUGGUGGCGUUUUUCAUCUCAUUUAACUAGUGCUUGUUUUUGAUUUUGUUUCAUUUACACACAUGCAUGUGCAGGGGAUGGUCAACACACAGGAGUUUGGUGGCCUCAGGGUGCCACCUAGUGACUCAAAUAUGAAUAACAAUGGGAAUAAAUAAUUGACACUAGACAGAGAAUCUCUCCUUUGCACAUCCAUAAAAUAUCACUGUUUUUGGUGCCAAUCGUUUGUGUUAUUUGAGUAAUUAUGUACAGUGCCACACCACCUCCUCUAAACUGAGUUAAGAAAUAAGAGGCUAAAUGAUUUAAAAGAGCUAGUGUAUUCACUUUGUUUGAUGUUUAAUGUUCAAUGUUUCUUGUAUUGUAUUACUGUUUUUGAUUGGAAACAAUCUGACUACAACAAAAGGCACAUAUGAUAACACUGCUAACUUGAACCAGAUUUGAAUCUGUAAACUGAGGAGGCCAGAGGUUGUCUGUAACUGUAACUUGCCCUGAAGUGUCAGAUGAAAAUACAAGUGUUUCUUACAUAA